AUGCAAACCUGGAAGCUGCUGGUUGCACUGACUCAAGUCCUGUUGCACGCAUUAUUGCGGAGGCAAAAGUUUCGCCGUGCUUUUGAAUCCCAGGAGUUGGAGCCCAUUAUGAGCAUUUUCUUGGAAGGGUCUGAUUGUUCGCCGCCUGAGCAUUGGUGGUCUAGGAAAAUAUAUGUAAUCCGUUUGGCCCCUACAUUUUGCGUAUCUUCUCUUCUCUGGUUUUCUUAUCAAAGCUGCGAAACCCAUCUCGGAUACACCAAAUCAGACCCUGAGCUACACCAUCUACUAAGCAUGAAGCUGUCAUUUCUCGUCACCAUCGUGGCUUACGCCACUACUGCUCAAAGUGCCAUCACAUGGACUCUCCAAAAGGGCACGAACCCCACGGCCGACGAAACGGACGCCUACAACAAAAUUGAGGCUGCUAUGCGCCUUGCCGUUGCACGCCAUUCCAGACUUGGAAGUGCAACCAAGAACCUGCGUGUCUACUACACUCCUGGUGUUCCGACAGCAGAGUCAAACUACAACGGCGACAUGCGUUUUGGCACCGAUCGCGCUUACAUGAACGAGCGCACUGCUCUUCACGAGAUCUCUCACACCUUAGGUGUUGGUCAGACCGAAGCAUUUGACCGCAAGUGUGCUGCAGGCGAUUGGGCGAGCGCAUUGCCACUCCUUCGGUCUUGGGAUGGAGAUAGUGCGGUUAUCAACUGCGGAGGCUCACACAUUUGGCCAUAUGGGCUCAACUACGACGAUGAAUGGAGCGAAACGAAUGCCAACCGCCACGUUCAACUGAUCAAUGCAAUGAUUCGGGAUGGGAUGUAGGUGCAUUGUCAAUCAAUUAUGAAAGGUCAACUGUCGUGCAAUCUGUGGCUGGG